CAACCAACCCUCUCCACUCCACUCCACUCCACGCACAACACAAAUAACAAAUCCAUUUUUCCAACUCAUUCCCCCUGAAAUGCCGAACCCUAACUCUCGGUAUCGCUUGCUCACUCACUCAGUGCUGCCACUCCUGAUCUGAGUCGCCUCGCCUCGAUCGGAGCUCACAAAAAAUGGAUAAUUCAACCCGUCACAAACCGCAUCACCGCCGUCAACCACCCACGCGCCGCCGCUCAUGGUGCUGCUCCUUCGCCGUCACCCCCCGCAGCCCUGAAAACCCUACCUUCUCUCAUCCCAAACCUCCUCCCAAGCCUGAAACGCCCUCGAAAUCAGCCGGUUCGUUCCCGAACUCGCCUCAGAAUAGCCGGCUUGGCCUCGUUGGCCGGAUUGACCCACGCCGGAUUUUGUCCCCCGGCCGCGUGUCCCCCAUCGACUCCGACCACCCCACAGUCGAUUCGCUGCCAGAAAUUGUGGUUCCGAUCGCGAAUGUGCAGUCGAGAUCGGUGAUGUCGCCGAUGCCCGAGGGUUCGUCAGGUUCGGGUUCAGGUUCGGCUGAUAAUAGUGUGAAGGAGGAGGACGGUAGUUUUGGAAUUUUUGAUGUGAGGUUGAACUUGAAGGGGAAGAGUGGGGGUUCUCUGGUGCUUGAGCUGAAUUCAGAGGUGUUGAGUGCGAGUAGUUCGGUUUUUGCGGACUUGAUUGCGGAUUAUCGAAAGGGUGUAACUGGUUCGGCUGCUAAUCUGUGUAGGAUUGAGGUUCCUGAGGUGGAGAACUUGAAUGUGUUUCGGGAGACAAUUGGGCUGAUGUUUGAUGAUGAUAUCCCUAAGCGGCUUUUGAAGAUUGGGGUUUAUCGGUCCAUCGAUAUACUUGAGGUAUCAGCAGUCAUCAUGUUCACCAGGGGUGUUUUGUCCUGUUUAAGAUACCUCGAAGCAAUGCCUUGGAAUGAGGAAGAAGAGGAGAAACUGAGGAGCUUGUUUAAUAGGUUUAAGCUUGAUGAUGAUGCAACUAGGGACAUCCUGGCAAGACUCUAUUUACUGGACUCGGCAGAUUCGCAACAACGAAAUUUAGCUAGACAGUUGGUAUUGUCCAUCACCACUUGCCCUGGUGCCAAUGCAAGGAAUGAGCUCAAGUCCUUAGUCAAGGGUCUCCUUUGCAAAAGCUCAAUCUAUGAGAAGCACUAUGCAGACAUUGAUGAGGAUGAUCUAUAUGUCGUUUGCCAGUCUUGUUUGAGUUCACUGGUUGUCCUGUUAGAGGAGGCCUCUGGAACUACCAACGGCAACAGCUGUAGGAAGUUGGGAAAAAAGGUCGAGACAGAUAAGCCUUUGAUUGAACGCAUCUCAAAUCAGGUUGACAAUAUCAACUGGCUCCUAGAGAUCCUGCUUGAUCGGCAAAUGGCGGAGGAGUUUGUGGAGAUGUGGGCAGAUCAAGGGAAGCUGCUUUGUAUGCAUGGGAGUGCAUCCCCAAUGGUUAGGUAUGAGCUCAGCCGGGUUUCGGCUAUGUUGUUCAUUGCGCUAGGGACCAGAAAACUGCAUUGCCGGUCAGAAGUAAGGUUAGGGCUACUUGAGGCAUGGUUUAGUCCAAUGCUGUUGGACUUUGGUUGGUUGCAAAGAUGCAGAAAGGGGCUAGACAUGAGGGAACUGGAGGAAGCCAUGGGGCAGGCGCUCCUUACUCUUCCGUUGAAGCAUCAAUACGUGCUGUUUAUGGAAUGGUUCCGAUGUUUCUCCAAACACGGCACUGAAUGCCCUAAUCUUAGUAAAGCAUUCCAAAUAUGGUGGCGCCGAUCAUUCCUGAGAGGCUCUGAAUCUUAUGCAAUUGAAUCCAGGUAGCUAAGUUGCUCUACCCCUUCCAUUUCUUUCUCGCGUAUCAUUUUAAUGUUGCAGUGUUGUAGGUGUAAGUGAGAUCCUGAAACAUAUAUGGAAGUCAAUAAUGCAUGUAGAUAUUCUAACCAAGUAGAAUGUUUAAAAGCUUAAUCAGUGACAAAUGGCGUAGUAAUUCCAGUUUGAAUAUAUUUUUUUUAAA